UUUCCUACUUAUCCUUCUUCUCGAACAUUCCACGGUUUAAAAGAAAAACGAAAAAAACUACCACAUCAAAUCCUCCGCCAAAAUCCCCAAUUUUCCCCUUUCUUCAAACCCUAAAUUUAUCUCUUCAAUGGAAUUCACAGAAGAAAACCUCAAUCUCCUACACAAAAUCCGCCCACCAAACCUCGAAGACGCCGGCUUAGAAGACUGCGCAUUACCUCCAGAUUCCAUCCAUCAAGCCUUCCUCAAAGCCGCCACCGCCGUCGGCUCACGCGCCGCCACUAUUCUCGCCGGCAAAGAUGACAUUUCCGACGCUUCUACAUGCGUCGACGAUCCUUGGGGAGAAAUUCCGGCGCCAAAAGAUGAUCUAGUGGGAAUCGAACCUGAGAUCAAACCUCCCGGGCCAUGCGCCACCGUGAAAGGCGGCGGUUUAGUCGGAAAUGGAGAGUCAACGAAGGAUGUGGUGGUCGUUGGAGAGAGAAAUGAAGAAGAUGAGGUGGUGGUUGUUGAUGGUGGAGAGUGUGGUGAAGGUGGCGAUUGUGUUGAUGGGUUGAGAGGAUUGGAGAUUAAGGAGAAGGAUGAGGAGAGAGAAAAUGAUGAUGAACAUGGUGAGAAGAAACCUACUUUAGUUGAAGGUUAUUUCUUCAAUCCUUGAUUUCAAUUUUUUUUUUUUUACUCGUGUUUCUUUUGUACAUAUACUAUGUGUAUUGUAAUUUCUUUUGUGUUUUAUCAUUUAUGUACUUGUUUUGCUUUUGUAAAUCUACUAGUUGCAGUUAAGUUAAUAUAGCAUUUGUGAAAUGAAUAGGAUCAUAAUUUACUUAGUACGUUACGUUGCAUAUACUACCUCUAUUUAACAAUCCGAUAUGUCUACUCACACUUUAUGUCUAAUCGUUGCAACAACAAAAAACAGAGGUAGUAUAAACCAAACCUACUUCUAUUUAACAAUCCGAUAUGGUGAAAACAUGCACCCUACGUCUCCUUAAGCGAUAAUCUACUUGGUCAGUACCAUCUUCUCCCGUUGUUCCCGUUGUUCCCUAGUCCUUGUUAAAAUCGAUGAUUACGCAUGAUUCUGACUCAUCAUCAGACACGAAUACCAUAUGGUCUCUCUCAAAAGCGGACAACUCUUAGAAUGGCAGGAUUCAAUCAGUCCACGGGUACUAGAUAUGAAUCCUCAUUAUAGUGUUAUAGAUCAUACCAAUUGUAGCCAUAUGUAUUGAUGAGUUUAAUGCUCAAUGCCCGUAAUGUGGAAUAAACAUACCCUAUCUAAUCCACAUUAACCAUUAAACUCAUCAAUAGUUCCGGCUAAACGAUUGAUGUUAUACAUAAGACUAUAACGAGGAUUCAUAGCUAAUGCCCGUGGACUGAUUGGUCAUGCCAUUUUAUAAGUCAGUUAAAAGGGAUGUAAGGUGCAUGUUUUGUUGCUUUCACCUUUUUGGUGGAACAGAAAUAGGUUUGAUUUGUAUAUGUAAUGUACUAACUCUGCCAUGUAUAUAUGCGUAUUAUACUUCUAUUCAUUUCACAAACAAUGGCACCUCGUGCAAAGGAAUGAGGGUUCUCUAUAAGUCCUCAAUCACAUUGUUUUCAUAGCAUGGAAAUAGAUGAGAUCUUGUGAACGGGAAUCGUUUUCGGCUUUUUGCUGUGAUUCAUGGAUUUCGAUUUACUUCGAAAUUAUAAGUGAAUUGUAGCAUAAACACGUAGAUUGUUAAAGCUAAACUCGGGCACUUGCAUAAAAGAGUCAUUCAUAUUGCAGUGGAAAUAUAGCGCCAAGUUAGCCAACUGCAGUUAAGUCGUGAAUCUUUGAUGAAAGAACAAAAUUUCAUCGGCAGCUUAAGUCGUUGCAAAUUGGUAAAGUGAACUUAGAGAUCUUUUGAUCAAGAGUUGAGCUAUCCAUUAUCCAAUGAUUUUUCUAUCAUAAGUGCAUAUGCUCAUUUUGGCCAACCACUAAUUCUGAUUUGAUGAGGGGAGAAGUGGUACUAUUCCAAAUUACAGGAAAUUGCCUAGGAUUUGAAUUGUCAACCCAUCAAUAUGUUUGGGGUAUUCACCUUCUGGCUACAAGUCUUUAUGCAUGUUGUCUUAUAGGUAGUUUAAACAUAUAUCGAGCAGCAGGUGAAGCUUACUGUUAUUGGCAUCACCUUCUAUCCCAUCCAGAGGUCACAGAAUCGAGUUUCACUAGGGAUUUUCAAUUUUCCCCCUUCAUAACAAGGGACUUCAUCUUAUCCUAAAAGAAAAAAGGUUUAGAAGUAUAUCGAACUUAUAAGUUGGUGUGUCCUACUGACUAGUAGUUUAGCAAGGAUUGAUUUGCAUACCAAUCAACUCUUAAUAUCUAUGGCAAAUGACUACCGAUAAAUGACCCCAAUAUGCAAUAUGCAUGGAACCUUUAGAGUACAAUCUGUAUACCCAUUGAUAUUAAGCAUCAAUUUCAAGCACAUUUGAAAAUGCCUGGAAAACUAUUAAAUUUUCUGUUUAUGACGAUUCACCUGACCAAGGUGAUUGCUUAUCUGAAGAGACGAAAGCUAACUCCGCCCAUAGAUUUUUCGAGAAACAAACCUUAGCACCACCAACGUCAACCAAAACAAAUAAAACAAAAACAAAAUAGCCUCAGAGAUGAAUAACACAGUAAACGAAUCAAUGUAUAAAUUGUCAACAAAUACCAACAUUUAUUUUUAGUUAUUUCCAUUACAAAGGCAAAGACUAACUCAACAUACAAAUGGAAUCGCAAAAACACAGCUUUGUUUAAUCAUCGAAAGAGUCCAAACAUAAUGCUUGGCGAAUGCAAGACAUUAGUUAUAAUUUAAUCUUUGUUACAAUCAUAGUUCAAUCACAUGUACAAGAUAUCUUCUACGUUGCAAGUAAAAAUCAUGGUAAUAUGCAUGAUUUUCAGACCCAUAUCAAUGCCCACUAACACUAAGCAAUCUAAUAUGCUCAAAUUUUGAACCUGUUACAAACAAUAGCAUCACAAAUCAAAUACUUGCGCAAAUCCUAGAACAUAUUCAAGUAGUGCUCUCAAGUCUGCGCAGACGAAAGCUCUUGGGCGGCCACUGCGAAUGUUUUGAGAAACAAGCCUUCAAAUUCAGCAUCAUCAACCUCUUCCAACAGUGUUUCGGAAAAACAUCAUCAUGUUCAUUGUGAUCGACUUCAUACUUUAUCAUGCAUGAUCAAUUUGAAUAGAGACCAAAGUAUACUGCUUUUUCACUUCAAAAGCUCUGGAAUAAUUGAGUAUCACGGGCAGAACAAUAAAACAUCAUAACAGAAUAAUAGUCCUAACAAAUCAUCAUAAAUUACAAGUAUUAAAAAAACCGCUAGUUUUACCUAACAUGUAAAAACAAGCUAUAAAAGUGGUCUCAGACAUCCAAGGAAGGAUAAAAACAGCAUUAGCUCUCAAGUCUGCGCAGACGAAAGCUCUUAGGCGGCCACUGCGAAUGUUUUGAGAAACAAGCCUUCAAAUUUAUCAUCAUCGACCACUUUAUAUAACUUUUACGCACAAUUUUCACUUAAAAUCCACAAUUAAACCAAUUCAACAUUUUCAAUGUUCUACAAAAACAGAAUAGCAAAAAAUUAACCAAACCCAUUUUACUACACUCACUUUUAAUCCCACAAUACACUAAAUAUACCAUAAAAUUUUCAAUCUGAAUUAAGUAUAAUUAACUAACUAAAUAAAAAAUUAAAAAAAAAGAGGUUUCAGACAUCCAAGGAAGGAUAAAAGCAGCAUUAGCUCUCAAGUCUGCGCAGACGAAAGCUCUUAGUCGGCCACUGCGAAUGUUUUGAGAAACAAGCCUUAAACUUUAUCAUCAUCAACCUCUUUUUUCACAUAAAAUUUCAUCAAAUAACAUCAAAAAACAACUAAUUACAUAAUAAAAAACCGCAGCCUCAGGAAAAUAGACUAACAUCAAUGUAAAUCAGACGGUAAUUCCAACAUUUGUUUUUAGUUAUUUCAUCACUGGCCACAUAAUUCACUAAAAUAAAAUCACAAUUAACAAAUGUAAUCGCAAAAAACGGCUCCGUUUAAUCAUUGAAAAACAAGAUUAACGGGUUCCUAUCAAAAUGCGAAACAUAAUCAAAAUUUAAUCUUGGUACCAAUGUAGCAUCGUAAAUCAUUGCUUUACGCUAUGAACGACGUGGCAUCGGACCGUUAAAUUUGAAAAAAAAAAAUUAAAAAUAAAA